GAUUUUCUUCUCCUGAAUCUCAAAGUCAGGUUGAGCGGCAAGAAAGCAGUGCUGCAGGUAUUCACUUCUGGAUCCUGGAGAACGGUCUGCUCCGACGACUGGAAGGCAGAGUAUGGAAAUACUACCUGCAAGCACCUGGGUUUCUCAAGUUACGUGAGUUCAGGUUACCUGCCUGUGGCUGCAGUCGAAAAACAGUUUCAAAGACAUUUCGUAUCCCUCGGCCACUGGUUAUCAGUGGAUCAAGUGACGUCCCUGCACAAUGCAACAAACCUCAGAGAGGAAUGCACUUCUGGCAAUGUGAUCAUCCUAAAAUGUCUGGUGUGCGGGACACGGGCCAGCUAUGGGCCACGGAUCGUGGGGGGCAACGCGUCCUCCCUCCGGCAGUGGCCCUGGCAGGUCAGCCUGCAGUUCCAUGGGCACCACCUCUGCGGAGGGUCCAUCAUCACCCCACGCUGGAUCAUCACGGCCGCCCACUGUGUCUAUGACCUGUACUUGCCGAGCUCAUGGAGCGUGCAGGUUGGUUUUGUGACACAGCACGACACCCAGGUUCACCCAUAUUCAGUGGAAAAAAUUAUAUACCAUCGAAAUUAUAAACCCAAGACAAUGGGAAAUGAUAUAGCACUGAUGAAACUGGCAGCACCGCUUGCUCUCAACGGUCACAUAGAGCCAAUUUGUCUGCCUAAUUUUGGUGAACAGUUCCCAGAAGGGAAAAUGUGUUGGAUAUCAGGAUGGGGAGCAACUGUGGAAGGAGGCGAUACAUCUGACACCAUGAAUUAUGCAGGUGUUCCUCUGAUUUCUAAUGCAAUUUGCAAUCACAGGGAUGUCUAUGGUGGGAUCAUAACUCCUUCAAUGCUUUGUGCCGGUUUUCUAAAGGGAGGGGUAGACACCUGCCAGGGAGAUAGCGGGGGCCCUUUAGCAUGUGAAGAUACGAGCGUCUGGAAGUUGGUGGGGACCACCAGCUUCGGCGUGGGCUGUGCGGAAAAGAACAAGCCGGGCGUCUACAGCCGAACCACCUCCUUCCUGGACUGGAUACACGAACAGAUGGAGAGAGAAGAGCUGCAGACCUGA